GUCCCCCGAGGCAGCUGCUGUCUGCCGGAGCCUGCAGGGUCGGGCCGUGUCUCUAACGUCAAGGCGUCAGGCAGAGUUGAUGCUAUUGUCUUCUAUUUUCAAUCCGGCCGUUAAACGAGGGAGCGCCACUUCCCAGUGACAGAAGGAGAAAAGAGAGAGAGAGAGAGAGAGAGAGAGAGAGGGAGGGUGUGUUUUUACAGCGUCCUCUGCGACCAUCCAGCCACGCGGUGUUUCCGUCAGAGAGCUAUCGGGUGUCCAGGAGCCAUGCCAACGCUGGGAAUUAUAAAUCCCGGUGAUGCGGUGACAGAGGGCAGCCAGCUUGCGAGCGUGUGACAGUGUGACCGACCCGGAUUUAGUGCUGGCUCGCCUCCUGGAUGCCGGUCGCUAUGGAGAAGCGCGAGUCCGCCAGCAGCAGUCCUGUGGUUCGCCAAAUCGACAAGCAGUUCCUGGUGUGUAGCAUCUGCCUGGACCACUACCACAACCCCAAGGUGUUACCCUGCCUGCAUACCUUCUGUGAGCGCUGCCUACAGAACUACAUCCCCCCACAGUCCCUGACGCUGUCCUGCCCCGUCUGCCGGCAGACCUCCAUCCUGCCCGAGAAGGGUGUAGCAGCCCUGCAGAACAACUUCUUCAUCACCAACCUGAUGGAGGUGCUCCAGCGGGACCCAGAGUGCUCACGGCCUGAGGCCUGCAGCGUGCUGGAGUCAGUCAGUGCUGCCGCUGCCGGCAAGCCCCUGUGCUGCCCCAACCACGAGGGCAAGGUGAUGGAGUUCUACUGUGAGUCAUGUGAGACGGCGAUGUGCCUGGAGUGCACGGAGGGGGAGCACAGGGAGCACGAGACGGUGCCCCUGAGGGACGUGCUGGAGCAGCACAAGGCCGCACUCAAGGAGCAGCUGGACGCCAUCCGUAACAGGCUCCCCCAGUUGACGGCGGCCAUCGAGCUGGUGAGCGAGAUCUCCAAGCAGCUGACGGAGCGCAAGAACGAGGCCGUGAGUGAGAUCAACAGCAGCUUCGCUGAGCUGGAGCGGGCGUUACAGCUGCGCAGGACGGCGCUCGUCACCGACCUGGAGAGCAUGUGCAGCACCAAGCAGAAGGUGCUACAGGCUCAGCUGGCCUCACUGCUUCAGGGGAAGGAGCACAUCCAGAGCAGCUGCAGCUUCACGGAGCAGGCGCUGAGUCACGGCAGCGCCACUGAAGUGCUGCUGGUGCAGAAGCAGAUGAGCGAGCGGGUCAGCGCCUUGGCCCGGCACGACUUCCCGGAACAGCCACACGAGAACGCCCACCUGGCCUCCGUGGUGGAGACAGAGGGCGUACGGCGCUCUAUCCAGAACCUGGGUGUGGUGCUCACCACCAGUGCCGUGAGCCACACCAGCGUGGCGGCGGGCGAGGGGCUACGUCACGCUGUGGUGGGCCAGCCAGUGACAGUCACCGUGACGACCAAGGAUAAGGAUGGCGAAUUGGUACGAACGGGCAAUGCAGAAUUACGGGUGGAGCUGCAGGGGCCAGAUGGAGUGCGUGUGCAGGCCGACGUGCUGGACAACCGCAACGGCACGUAUGAAGUGGCGUACACGCUGCGCACCGAGGGCGAAUUCUCCUUCUUGCUGCUGCUGUACGGGCGGCCCGUGCGAGGUAGCCCCUUCCGGCUGCGCGCUGUCAAGCCCUCCGACAUCCCGGCGUCGCCUGACGACGUCAAGAGGCGCGUGAAGUCUCCCAGCGGCGGUGGCGGGGGCCACGUGCGGCAGAAGGCAGUGCGCCGGCCCUCCAGCAUGUACAGCACCAGCAAGAAAAAGGAGAAUCCCAUCGAGGAUGAGCUCAUCUACAGAGUGGGCAAUCGAGGGAGAGAUAAGGGGGAAUUCACCAACCUGCAAGGCAUCUCAGCCUCCAGCAACGGCAGGGUGGUAGUGGCCGACAGUAACAACCAGUGCAUCCAGGUGUUCUCCAACGACGGGCAGUUCAAACUCAGGUUUGGGGUCAGAGGCCGGUCCCCCGGGCAGCUGCAGCGGCCAACGGGCGUCACCGUGGACACCAACGGUGACAUCAUCGUGGCCGACUACGAUAACAGAUGGGUCAGCAUCUUCACGUCCGACGGGAAGUUCAAGAAUAAAAUCGGAGCGGGCCGGCUGAUGGGUCCCAAGGGCGUGGCCGUGGACCGCAAUGGCCACAUCAUUACCGUCGACAACAAGGCCUGCUGCGUCUUCAUCUUCCAGGCCAACGGGAAGCUGGUGACCAAGUUCGGGGCCAGAGGGACAUCAGACAGGCAGUUUACAGAAAAAGGUGUUGUGAACACUCCGACGGAGCACAAGCCUGGGAAGGGCCCUGCCUUUAGUCCACAUUUCGUAGCAGUGAACAACAAGAGCGAAAUCGUGGUGACGGACUUUCACAAUCACUCUGUCAAGGUGUUCAGUGCUGACGGGGAGUUCCUUUUUAAGUUUGGCUCCCAUGGCGAGGGGAAUGGGCAAUUCAAUGCCCCCACAGGUGUAGCAGUCGAUGGCAAUGGGAACAUCAUUGUCGCAGACUGGGGCAACAGCAGAAUACAGGUGUUCGACAGCUCAGGUUCCUUCCUGUCCUACAUCAACACGAGCGCGGACCCCCUGUACGGGCCCCAGGGCCUGGCCCUCACGUCAGAUGGGCACGUGGUGGUCGCGGACUCGGGGAACCACUGUUUCAAGGUCUACCGCUAUCUGCAGUAGAGGAGCCCCGCCCCUUCCUGCAGUAGAGGAGCUCCACCCCUUCCUGCAGUAGAGGAGCCCCGCCCCUUCCUGCAGUAGAGGAGCUCCACCCCUUCCUGCAGUAGAGGGGCUCCACCCCUUUCUGCAGUAGAGGAGCCCUACCCCUUCCUGCAGCAGAGGAGCCCCACCCCUUCCUGCAGUAUGGGAGCCCCGCCCCUUCCUGCAAUAGAAGUGCCCCGCUCAUUCUUGCAGUAGAACAGCAGCAUCCCUUCCUAUUUUUCCUUCCCCGUGUUACACAUCAGAGACCAAGCUCCAGUUCCUGCCAGAAGGGGAAGAGGAGUCGAAUGACUCCCACCCCGGGGAACACGUGGGGCUGUAAACCGGCUGGGCGAUGGUUGGCUUGGCUCUAUACCACGCAGAACCAGGAAACUGACAUCAAAGUGUUUCUAGAAGUUUCUGGCCACCUGUCCCAUCCAGGUGUAAACCAAGAAGCAGUAUCGAGUUCUGUUUUUUCAGUGUUUUUCCAAAUGUAUUUUCAUCCAGCAGGAAUAUAUCUAUAUUUAUUUGAUUGUUUGUCCAAGUUCUGGAGGUCAAAGAGGCAAACUCACCCCUCGCGUCAUAUUCUGGGAUGUGAGAAUGAUGGCGAGAUGGCACUUUGCUUCUCUGUCCUUUAAUAUUAAUCACAUCAAAAAUGUAUCUACCACAAUAAGCCAUCUUGCAUAUGACAGCAACACCAUUUGUGCAUUUUAGUUUUAUGUAAGUUUAGUGUAAGUAAUUAGUUUUAUAUCAUAUUUAUAUACAUAUUUUGUGUAUAUCCUGUAAAUGGAUUUGUUUUCGGAAGCUCUGCAUACAUUUUUUUCCUCACAGGCUGUUAUCUUACAAACAUUUCUGCGUUUCAAGCAGGUCUGGAUUACCCCACAGGGGUAAAAUGGCAUUCUGAAAAAUGCACAUUAUUUAUUGCUGUUUGUGUGUGUGUUCAUGUGCAUAUGUGUUAAAUAUGAAGGUAAUUCUUCUUAAUUUAUUUAAUUUCUACAUCUUUAUCUUUCUAAAUUAAUUUUUUUAUGUGACGUAUGUUGUGUUGCGUCGUAUUCCUGCCAAACUUUUAGUACAAGCCUUUACGUAAUACUGCUGGCUGUCAGUUGCUAUAAGAUAUACCUGGAAUAAACUGGAAGAAAUGGACUUUACCCGAAUUUGUUUGCCAAAAUGACAAAAUGGAUUGUUGUACAACAUAAUUCGAGGUCCACUGAGGGGGGAUUGUAACAUACUGCAAUAUGUACAUAAAGAUUACCAGUCAUAUCUGCAUAUAAUUAAUACUGGGUGAUUCAUGAAAAACACAAUUAAUUUGCCAAUAUUUUCUUUCCAUUGUCUUGUUUUUUUACUCCAUGUGCACUGGUAACUAGAAUAUUUGGUAGAAUGUAAGCAUUUUUAACAGCUUUGAGUGCACCAUCCUUCAAAUGAAUGGUGAGAGGUUGUUUUGAUGAUAGCAUCGUUCUGCUAUUGCUAGUGGUGACCCUUCAGAGAUGCUGAGUCACAUAGACCUCUGACAUUCUGCUGAGGAUAUUUCAUAACAAAAAAAAAAUAAUAGGUUACACCCAGGUCAGACAAUAGU